UCUUCGUCUGGAUCGCUCGUCUCAAGCGUCUUUCCUUGAUCGCCAUCAUGUUGCUCAGCGUGUUACUUUAUUACGUACCCGAGUCGCGUUCUCACGUACGAAAGGCUUGUUGCUUCUUGAUCGAUUUCGUGGCGGAUGGAUUGAAAUUUGCGCUUCGUCCUACCGACAGCGAUUACGGAAGGAAAUUGAAAGUUAAGAGACGAAGAUCGCAAAGCGAGCAAGAUAAUCAACGGAGAAGGCGCAUAUACGAGAAAAGCAGAAUCCCGACGAACGAAGGGUCAUCUUGGUUGGUCUUUGGACGUGGCUCCAACGCGAAUUAUUCAAACGACAAAUGGACAAUUUGUAGGUAUCGAGAGAGCACGAGAUCGCGUACGAAACGUUUUGGUCAAGAUGGAAAGUAUCAAAAUCGUCGCCGGGAUCAACGACGUUAUCGCGAGGUUAUCGGGAACGAUGAGAGCUGCCUCGACUUGUCACCUUUCCUACAAAAUCAAUACCAGCAGAGGCGUGCCGUUAUGACGCGAAACGACAUGGCUUCUGUCCGUUUAAAAAAGGAAUGCACGGUUGAUAAUCCGUUUAAAUAUCGGGAGGAUGUUUCGUACUCGAGCCAGAAAUUCCCUAUAGAAUAUGAGGAAGAUAAUGCGCCAACUGAUACGGUUAAUAAAUUCGUUUUGUUCCCUUUACGAUCGUACAUCGUUUUGCCAAACAAUAUUCUCCUUUCUAUUACAGAAUGUAUCGACAAAUUAUUACGAUUUGCCGAGCGACAGGUGAGCAAAGAGAGAGAGAGAGAGAGAGAGAGAUUAUUCCCCGGAGUCUCGGACAAUGAUCGGACAAUAUUUUCAUUUAGGUUCGAUCGAAACGUGGCCGAUGUCGCGACCUAUCCUACGUUGCGAGAAAUUAUAGGCGAUAACAAAUUUUUCAUGGACAAGAGAGAAGAGAGAUCGAUCGUUGAUUUUAAAGGAAAGACGACAGUCCAUAAGAGACAAAUACCAGGAAUACGGCUAAUGCACGGUGAUACGAUACCGGAGACGUUGUACAACGAGAGCUCGUACACCAGUUUAGAAGCGGAAGCGGACGACGAGAAUUCUCAAUGCGGAAAUGAAAUUGCGCCGGGGACAAAGUUUUCGAAGGAAGGAGACGUCGAGGAAGCGACGACGACGACGACGACGACAAGUACGUCGAUGGCACGGCAAACGAUCAGAGGAUAUGAUAAGAAUACUUUUAUCUUUUUCCUUUCUUUUUCCUUUUUUAUAUAACAUUUUUCAUAUAUAACAGAUCUACGACGCGAUUAUCGUUAUCUUUAAUAAUAAACCAUUGUAAAGAGAGGAAGAAAGUACGUAUAAGGAAAUGAAAUAUACGGCAAGGCAAUCGAAUAUCCAAAGAAAUGAAAAAGGAGGAUUAACGAAUCGGAUUGUCGGUUAUUCAGAUCCCAGGGGAAACUCCUUGUCGCGUGCCGUAAAGUGGAUCUUUGGAGGAUGUCCGGGAACGUGCCGACGUCUCUCGCCAGGAAAGCCGGGGAAGAAAAUGGAAGAGAGAAAACUAGUCGGAAAGGAAGAGAUUUGCGAAAAAGUAAGCGGUGUCAUGGACGAGUGGCUCUACUUCUAGCGAAGAACGCGAAGCAGAACGGGUUGCGGCCGGUAAACGCGGCCUUCUUCCUUACCAAUCGUCAUUAUAGAAACGCGUUAUAGAAACGCGCGAGAAAUUAAAAAUAAGACUCGACGACGAAAGUCGCGCCUUGCAUUCAUUUCUCCGACCCUUGUCAAAUUUUAUGUCACGCGCUAUUACAAUAGAUAAUAGA